UUUGUGCUCAGUUGUAAAAUAACAUUAGAAGAAUCCAACGCGAUGGUUCUCUCAAUGGAAAAAUGGGUUGGCAAAGUGGCCAUAGUGAGUGGUGCUAGUUCGGGAAUUGGUGCUGCGAUAGUUGACCAAUUAGUCGAGCACGGCCUAAUUGUUGUAGGAGCGGCUCGUCGUUCCGAAUUAGUCGAAGAACGUGCCAAAAAACUUUCAGGAAAACGAGGAAAACUCGUCGCCAUCAAAGCCGAUUUUACUAAAGAAGAAGACAUUUUGCGAGUUUUUGAAUGGACGAGUAAAAACCUUGGCCCUGUCCACAUUUUAAUCAACAACGCUGGAACAUCACGCCCUUCCGCAUCUCUAACUGAAGGAAAAACUGAAGACUGGAAAACAGUUUUAGAUUUGAAUGUUCUAGGAUUAUGCAUUGCAACAAGAGAGGCUGUCAAAGUAAUGAAAGCCAAUAAAAUAAACGGACACAUAAUUCAUAUUAACAGCGUCCUGGGGCACACCAUAUGUAUGGGAAAUGUUAUCAAUGUUUACGGGGCGUCGAAAUUUGCUGUUACUGCCUUGACUGAGACUUUGAGGCAAGAAUUGAACAGCCUCAACCUUAAAAUUAAAAUAACUAGUGUAAGUCCUGGUUUGGUCGAGUCGGAGUUGACAACACUGAGAAAAGAUCAAACGCCAGACAUGAAAGCACGGUUUGAGACAAUGCCGAUUUUGAAAGCUGAGGAUAUUGCCGAUGGAGUUGUUUAUGCUUUAUCUACCCCAGAACAUGUUCAAAUUCAUGAACUUACCAUUAAGCCAGUCGGAGAAAUGUUUUAAGGAAAGGAAAAAUAUAUUAGUACAAAAAGUGCCCUCAAACGAUUCAAAAUGACAAAAAAGAACAAAAAACUGCUUCCAAUCCUGUCAGAUUUUUUCUCGCAUGACCACUAAUACACAUUAUAAUAAUAUUGUUGUAUAUAUUUUUGGAAUAAAUACAUUGUAUUGUAAUAAAUACAAAUUCAAAA